AUGGUGAAGAGUCGCUUUUCGUCGCUCGAUGUCCGCGCCAUGGUCAACUCGAUUCGGCCAUCCGCAGUGGGCUGCAAGUUAACCAACAUCUAUGACAUCAAUUCGAAGGUGUAUCUGCUAAAACUGCAGAGAAAAGGCUUUAGAUGUUUGUUGCUCUUGGAGAGUGGAGUUCGCUUCCACCUCACGGAGUACCAAAGAGACAAAUCCUUCAUUCCAUCAAACUACACCAUGAAGCUCAGAAAACAUUUGCGAAACAGGCGCUUGACAAGCAUCACGCAAUUGGGUGCUGACCGAGCCAUCGAUAUUCAAUUUGGUCAUGGUGACACUGCUUUUCAUUUGAUUCUGGAGAUUUAUGUCAGUGGCAAUUUGAUUUUGACGGACCAUGAAUACCAGAUUUUGGCACUGCUUCGGGUGCACAACGACCAGGAAACCAAGGUGGCACUGCGUCAGGUCUAUCCCAUUGGGAAAGCCACAGGGCUGCUGAAGGUUCCAAUCGCCGAGUUUUCCGAUGCGAUUGUGGAUCUUUUGGAUUUGGCUGAUGCUCGGGCUGAGAAUCAGGAAGUAAAGGAACUGGAGCUGGGAGAUGAACGGGCCGCCAAAGAGAAGAAGAAAGGUGGCGACUCAGCCUUUGCCAAACGCUCCAAGAAGGUACAGCACAGCGCCAUGCCGGUGAUUGCCUUGCUGCAUAAACUGGCUCCGUUUGCGGACCCGGUGCUGUGUGCCAACUGUGUGGCCAAAAUCUAUAAAUCCAACGGCAAGCCGUUGCCAAAUCCCUUCAAACUCACCAUUGAAGAUAUGUCCUUCGAAGAAUUGGUUGAGCUGGAGCAAAGUGCCGCGGAGCUUCUCUUGGAGACCUUGAAGAGUGUGUCCAGACCUGACGAUCUGGGUGGAGGAAGCAUGCCGGAGUUGGAGCCCGCAAGGCUAGAGGAGGAUCUCCCCCAGGAUGAAGAAGACGAAGAUGAUGGUCUCAAUGGUCCCAGCGCCAAGGAGGAAGCCAUUCUGGAGCCGGAAAUCAAGAGCAGCGCUCCUGCGGAAGCUGGAGCUCCCAUCGUCCCGGGCUGGAUCGUCCGCAAGAGAGUGGGAGCUGCCCAAGCUGAGCCUACCUUUGCCAAUGAGGAGUUUUGUGCAGUGGAACCUACUGUGGCAGAUCCAGAGUUGCUGGUGGCUUUUCCAAGUUUCCACCGUUGUGUCGAUGAGUUCUACACCCAGCUGGAAGAAAAUAAGGCGGUGGAGUUAAAAGCUCAGCAUGCACAGAAUGUCCUGGCACGAGUGGAUCGAAUUCGGGCGGAUCAGGGGCGGAGACUGCAAGAACUGGAGGCUGAACAACAAGCCUCAGAACGCAAGGCCAGCCUCAUUGAGACAAAUGUGGGGUUAGUAGAUCGAGCUCUAGCCAUGUUGAAUGCCAUGGUGGCUUCGCAAGUAGAUUGGAGUGAGAUUUGGCGGGAAGUGAAACGGCAGCAAAGGAUGGGACAUCCAAUUGCAGAGCAUAUCCACUCUCUGAAUUUGGAGCAAAAUGAGUUUAAGCUCCUUUUGGCAGAUCCAGAGGUCGAAGAGGUUGAAGCAGAGGGUACUGAAGAUCGGCCUAUGGAGGUGGUCUCUUUGGAUUUGAACUUGUCAGGUCAUGCCAAUGUUGCACGGCUUCAUGCUCGAAGAAAGGAGACUAGAGAGAAGACCUCCAGGACCCAAACUCACGCAGAGGCUGCAAUCAAGAGUGCUGAGCGAAAGGCCCAUCAAGAUAUGCAAAAGUUUGACCUGAAGCAAACCAUUCGCCGUGUGCGUCAGAACUGGUGGUUUGAGAAGUACAUUUGGUUUAUAUCAUCAGAGAAUUAUUUGGUCAUCUCUGGCCAUGAUGCGAUCCAAACGGAGCAACUCUUCUUGAAGCACGUGGGUCCAAAUGACGCCUUUGUGCAAGCUGAUGUAGCUGGUGCACGCACUUGCUUUGUGCGCAAUCCCUCAGGUGGAGAGGUGCCUCCAGCCACGUUGCGCGAAGCUGGGACAUUGGCCUUGUGUCACAGUAGCGCCUGGGAUAAACAGAUCGUCAUCUCUGCAUGGUGGGUGCCACUUGACCAGGUGACCCGAGGUAUGCCGCCCGAGGGCGAUCAUCAUUUGAUUGACGAUUUCUAUAUCUCCGGCCGGCGCAACUUCAUGCCGCCCUUGCACCUUGAGAUGGGCAUGACCGUUUUGUUCCAAGUUUCUGAACAGAGUUGCCAAGAGCGCCACAAGGGAGAGCGGAAAAGCAGAUACUUGGAAGCCAUGGCCAACCAGGAUGAGAAGGAGGAGUUGGUAGAGAUUGAAGCUGACGAGAAAGAGAAUGGUGAUGCAGCAGAACAUGGUGAGAUCCAUGAGGAAAAUGAAGAGAGUGCCAGUGGUGAGCAAGCUGAAGCAGAGCAGGAAGCAGAAGCCAAUGAGUCGGAAAUGGAGCCCAUUGAGCCGAAGGAAACGGAUGCCAACGAUGCCGAUGCUGCGAAAGAGGUGGACAAAGGAGGCAAGGUGCGCCUUUCAAAAGCGGAGCGCAGGCGCCAGAGGAAAGAUGGAGAAGAUCAAGCAGACUGUGUUGAGGUUGACACUUCCAAAGCCAAGCCUGGAAAGACUGCCAAAGGGCCAUCACAGGCACCUUUGCCAAGAGGGCAAAGAUCAAAGGCCAAGAAGAUCAAAGAGAAGUAUGCAGAUCAGGACGAGGAAGAGCGAGAGCUUCGACUUGCGCUUCUUGGCAGUCGGGUCACCAAGAGAGCAGGAGGUGUCGAAGGCUCCGAAACUCCAGCCUCCGGGGGAACUGGUGGUACAGAGUUUCCUCCCCCUGCGCAGGCAGGAACAGGAGCUACAGGUGAUGAGGAGGCCAAGGAUUUGAAAGGAAAUGCUGCUGAUCGCAGCUCCGUGGAUCACAGGAAGCGGCAGAAGCCAGCGCCUAACAAGCGAGAAGGGGAGGUUUUGAAAGCAGGUUGUGACGCAGAUGGAGGUUCAGUUGAUGCGUGUCCUCCGCCGCAGUUGGAUUUGCUGACUGGUCAUCCGCAGCCGGAGGAUGAGGUGCUUUGCGCGAUUCCAAUGGUUGCUCCAUACUGUUCCUUGGGAGGCCAGGUAAAUCAGAAGGAUGACAUGAUGACUGGAAAGGCUCAGGUGUCUCCAAUCAGAUAUAUAUAG